GCUAAUGCUUGGAAAGGUAACUCGAUCAGUUAUGCUGUAGUAACUACUAGUUUUCUCGCGCUAUGCAAAUAUGCUGGCUGAAUUGGAUUUCGCGCCCAGGUUCACGCUGCCGCCGCCAUGGCCACCGGUGUUCCGUACGGUCAACAGGUGGCGCCACCGGCGGUGGUUGCGCAGCCGUUGUUACGUCAUCGCCAGCGCACAGCCGUCGUCGCCGCUUCAACAUCGACCGGGAUGCACCACUGCUACGUGUGCUCAAAGUCGUUCGCCUCCGCCAGCAACCUGCGCACGCACAUGCUCUUGCACAUGGACAAGAAGCCGCACACAUGCCAGGUGUGCGGCAAGAAGUUCAGCGCCUCCUCGAACCUGAAGGCGCACGCGGUGGUACACACGGGUGAGCGGCGGUUCCAGUGUGCCGAGUGCGGCAAAGCGUUCGCCACCUCUAGCCACCUGAAGACGCACACCGUCGUGCACAGCGGCCGGCGGCCGUACCAGUGCGAGAUCUGCCUGCGCGAGUUCUCCGUCUCGUCGAACCUACGGUCGCACAUGUUCAUCCACACCGGCGAGCGACGACACGAGUGUCAGGUGUGCCGCAAGCAGUUCACUUCGUCCAGUCACGUCAAGACGCACAUGCUCACCCACUCGGGCGAGCGUCCGCACAAGUGCGACCUGUGCGCCAAGUCGUUCGCCGUCGUCAGCAACCUGAAGGCGCACCGCAAGAUCCACCUGGGACAGAAGGACCACGCCUGCGACGUGUGCGGCAAGCUGUUCUACACGUCGAGCGACAUGAAGUCGCACCGCACCAUGCACACGGGCGAGCGGCCGUACCAGUGCGACGUGUGCCACGAGCGGUUCGGCAAGCGCUCCAACAUGAGGGCCCACAUGCUCACCCACACCGGGGAGCGACCCUUCCAGUGCGGCCGGUGCCCCAAGCGCUUCGCCAAGGCGUCCACGCUGCGGACGCACACCGCCAAGUGGCAUCCACCGCAGGAGUCGGCCGUGGCGACCCCGUCCGCUUCGGCGUUGUCGAAAGACGGAGCUAGCGCCAUUGUUGCUCCUGCGCGCGCUGCAGGUGCCAGCAAAUCACCACCGUGCAUAACUUUAGCCGUCGCUGCUACUGCUGAAGACACACCCACGACCAAAGAAGCUGACACACGUCCCGAGAACGCGGCCCCGGAAUCGCCACACCCGAAGGAAAACGGUUUCGGUGUAGACACCAAUGACUUCGCCAGUAAUCACCCGGAAGGACCGUGCGGUCCACAGGGCUGCGAUGCUGUUCCUGCGAACCACCUCCAAACGGAAGCUGGCACCCGCGUUGUGGCCAACGGCUGCCGUGCUACCAGCAGGAGUGGACGUGUUGCGGUCGCUUCCUCGAACCAGUAUACGGCGCUGGCAGCUAUAUCCUAUCGUCGUAGCCCCAGCGGGAAGCGUCCAUACAAAGAAAGACGGCGACGACGCGUCAAGGGGUGCUGCAGCUGUCAAGGGCCGUGCUUUUGGGGCCGCAGUUCCGCAGUCUAUGCAGGCUCGUGCAAGCGGGCUCGCGCUCGGAAGAGAGUCUCGCGGGGCUCUGAAGGCCCUCAUUGUGAAGGUUGA